AUGACUUCACCAUGCAAAGGCUCUAUACAAACUUCCUGCUGCCAUUCAUUCUCAUCCUCAUCAUCAUCAUCAUUUACACUAUUACAACAACAUCUUCUUUGUGGAUUUCAUCAUCUUCGUAGGCGAGUAGCCUCACCAGAGGCUAUUGUAUAUGGUGUUGUUGGACUGCUGUUGGCGGCGGAAGGUGCCCACUACACACUAAGAUGGAUGUACUGGAGACGAAAGAGAAUAGAAAAGCAACAGCGGGAAAAAAAGAAGGUGAAAUCUUGUGAAUAUGAUACUUUAAAAGAAGAAGGAAAUAAUGAAGAAGAAAAUGAAGAAGAAGAAGAAGAAGAAGGAAAGGUAUCUUCUAUAGAAGAUUAUUUUUCUAAACUAAGUGCUGUGAUCCUUGCAGCCCCAUGUACACCAACAGAAAUAGCCGAAACUCGUAUAGAGUUGAUUAUUCCAUUUGUUUCUCCUAUUACUAGUAGUACUGGUAAUACUUUUGGUGUGGAUGAGACAAUUCCAGAAAUUGUUAGGAUUCUUUGGGAGAAUCGUGUACGAUAUACAUUAGAUGAACGUGAGAUUCUCAUGUUACUAAAGCGUGAAACUCAAUCACAUGAGUGUGGGAAAAACUACGCUAUUGCUGCUGCCUCUUUAGCAUUACUUUGGCGAUUGCAGUUAGUACGAUCUGUUCACGAAGCACUAAUUAUACACGAAGAUGUUAGUCGUUGUAGUGAUGAACUGGAUGAUUUAAAUACGUACUCAUCACGCUUUUACCAGGUUUUUAUUUCUCCACUAAAUGAUACUUUAGUGAGAGAAGCAUCCAUCGUAUCAUUAUCAUCAUCCACAGCAGUAUCUGUAGCAAGAGCCACGGCAACGGCAACUAUAUUUAUGACUUGUUGGUAUUCACUUUCUGCAGAAUUGCAGCAUCUACGUUCUCGUCGUCGAGCACUACAAUUACGAAAUCUGUGGAGUUUGGCUAAAUAUGCAUACGCUAGUGGAAGAGAUCGAUUAGCCACUUUUACAGUUAUGAGUGCACUCACAGCAAUUGCAGCUUGUAAUGCCAAUGCGGGUCUUAUUCUACGAGAACGUGUUAUCCAAUCACCACUUUCCACAACUUCUUGUAAUUCUCUUAAUAGUUGUGGAGGAGGAAUCGCAUCUUGGCAGACAACGACGUAUAAUAUUCUUUCUUUAUUGGCAUUUGAAUGGGCACGGCAGAUUGUAACGGAGGGAAUUACUCGAAUUAUGCGGGAUUACAUUCGGGCCUCGGCAUCUCGUCAUCGUGAUUAUGUAAAGAGACGAUUGUAUGAAGCUCUAGUCCACACACCAUUAAGUUAUUUUGAUAUGAAUGAUCAUGAUACAGUGGAACAGCUCUUAUAUUACGCGAAUGAUCUUGAGGGAGUGGAUGUGUAUGUACAUGAUUUCUUUGCAGGUGCUGUUCGUGUAGUAAUGAUGCUUUCAGCUGCGGGAAGUGUACUUCAUAAUAGAGAUCGUGCGGUGGUAUUUCUGACGGUUGUGGGAGGCCGAAUGGCUGUAAAGGUAUUAACGUAUUUACGUGAAGAGUAUAUAGUAAAGAGUAACAGGGUCAAUGAUAAUGCCUUUAAUACUAAUAAUCCUAAUAAUAAUAAUAAUAAUAAUAAUAAUAAUAAUAAUAAUGAUGGGUAUAUGUAUGCGAAUGAUGCUGAAGAAGAAGAGAAUGGAAAUACUGCAACAGAUGGUAUCAUGUUGCAUGGAAUGGAAAUUAUUGAACAUAUUCACGAAUUACGCCCAUACGCGGCGGAGACAGCUUUAAUGAGAUGGUGGAUUUCAUAUACAUCUAAAUAUUGGAAUCAACCAACUGGGAUAAGGCGUAUACUACAUAUUUUACUCUCUUCUCAUCGAUUAUGGGCUAUAGAUGGACUUGUAUCUGUUAUUAAGUCUUUCAUUCCAUCUAUAGUGGCGGUAUGUUUCUCUGAAGGCUGCACAGCCAGACGUGGGGCUCUCACUGAAGGUAUACACGCCGCACAGGAGAUGUUGGAUCAUUUAAUAGAUGCCCAACGAGUGAUAGAAGUGGUAUUGAAUAAUGCCUAUAAGGCUAAUAUACUAGAACGUAUAUUGGAUUCCCGUCACUGGGAAGAAAAGGAUGAGGAAUAUAUGAAUGAAAAGGAGAAGCAGAAGGAAAAGGAAAAGGAAGAAGAAGAAGAAGUAGAAGAAGAGGAAGAAGAAAAAGAAAAAACUAAGAAUGAUAAUCAUAGUAAUAAUUAUAAUAAUCAUAUUGAUAAUAAUAAUACUUCAAAGUCAACUACUGGUAAACAUCUUCUAUAUAUGAAAGCUGAUCUUGAGGUUCAUGGUAUACGAGCAGAGGGAUUGCAGUUUCAAUAUCCCACAGCCCCAACUGUGAAUGCCUUCUUAACGCCGCUUUCAUUUAUUAUUCAACUACAAAAUUCAACCACAGGAUCAGGAGAAAUGAUUUGUGUAACUGGAUUAAGUGGAUGUGGUAAGACAACACUUUUGCGUCUUUUACUGGGACUUUACACGGCGAACUCUGGAAGUCUGAUGCUGCAAUUGCGGGAAAGACAUCCCACAAGGAAAUUACACAUGGAAAAGAAAGAAGAAGAAAAAGAAAAAGAAAAAGAAGAGAAAGAUGAUAUAGAAUGGAUUCCGAUUACAUCCAUUCCACGUCAAUUACUUCGAUGUCGAUUAUUCAGUUACGUUCCGCAGGUCGCCACUCUAUUUCCUGGUGCCACUAUUGCUCAAAACAUUUCUUUACAAAAUCGUAUUUCCAUCACAGAAACAUCUCUUCUUAAACGAAUAUACACUUGUGCAGAGGCGGCAUCUUGUUUAGAUUUCAUUGAUCGUUUACCGCAGGGAUUAUUAACACCGCUGGCAGAUGCGAAUGGCUGGGCCUCGCCUGGGGCUGUUCGCCUGAGUGGAGGACAAGCCCAACGACUGAUGCUCGCCCGGGCACUUUUUCACAGCGGCGGAGUUUUGUUAAUGGACGAGCCAACAGCCGCUUUGGAUAGUUUAACAAAGCAGAGAAUGAUAACAACAUGGAGAGAUCUUUUACAAUCCGGUCAAUUGCGAGGGAUAUUGUGUGUUACCCAUGAUCCAGAGGUGUUGGGAAAGGCAGAUCAGAUUGUUCGGCUUUAA